GCUUCCGGUGGGCGGCCUGGCGGUCGCUAGGCGCUGCUGGGAGCUGGGCGGCGGGAGCCGAGUGGAGUCCCGGUCCGGUCCGGUCCGGUCCGGUCCGGUCCGGUCCGGUCCGGGUCGGUGGGCUGGGAAGCGCCGACGCUGCCGCCAUGGUGUUUUACUUCACCUCCAGCGUUGUUCCCUCCGUUUACACCAUUUACAUGGGAAAAGAUAAAUAUGAAAAUGAAGACCUAAUAAAGUAUGGCUGGCCUGAAGAUAUCUGGUUUCAUGUGGAUAAGCUCUCCUCCGCGCACGUGUAUCUUCGGUUACACAAGGGGCAGACGGUGGAUGACAUUCCCAAAGAAGUUUUGAUAGACUGUGCCCAUCUAGUGAAGGCUAAUAGCAUUCAAGGUUGCAAGAUGAACAACGUCAAUGUGGUGUACACGCCGUGGACUAACCUGAAGAAGACAGCGGACAUGGAUGUGGGGCAGAUCGGAUUUCAUAGACAAAAAGAUGUGAAAAUGCUGACAGUGGAGAAAAAGGUGAAUGAGAUCCUGAACCGGCUAGAGAAGACGAAAGUGGAGCGCUUCCCAGACCUGGCUGCUGAGAAGGAAGCCAGGGACAGAGAAGAAAGGAACGAGAAAAAAGCCCAAAUCCAAGAGAUGAAGCGGAAGGAAAAGGAAGAGAUGAAGAAGAAGAAAGAGCUGGAAGAACUUAGGAGCUACUCAUCAUUAAUGAAGGCUGAGAACAUGUCCUCUAAUCAGGAUGGCAACGAUUCAGAUGACUUCAUGUAAAUAAGGUCUCUCUCCUUUCUCAACUGUAACGGGAUUUGGGAUGUCUUAAUGUGUGACCAUCAACAAGAAUGCCAAAAAAAAAAAAAAAAAAGAAAAAAAGCAAACUGACUUCAUUUCUUCAGAACCUAGUUGGUUCCUCCUGGCAGUCUCACCAGCUCUGUGGCAUGGACAACAUCUGAACAGAGAAGAUCUACAUGCCUGCACAUACAUCUCUUUAAGGGACAUGAGUAGAAGAAAAAAAGAGUAGAAUUUCAGUUCUACAAAGACAAUGAUAUUUAUUAUGGGAAAGGUAUUGGUAUAGCUUUUAAUCUAAUGAGAUUUAAGAAAAGAAAACAAAUAAUGCUGUCUCAUUGAUGUCCUGUCAGCAGUGACUCAAAAAGCAUUGCCAGUGACAACUUUGUGUUACCGGUAUGUAAGCAAGCCCCAAAGCGACACUGCUGACUGCCUAACUAUUCUGUUUAUGUCGGUGAUUGUCAGCAAGGCUGGAGGAUCCCUAUAAAAUUGGGGUGCCUGAUCUUUGACAAGCUAAGAGCUGCUUUGCAGACCUACUGAGCCCUUGCUGGUAGUAAAUCCAGCAGUUUGUAGCUAUUCACUGAAUACAGAACUACAGAUCAUGAAGGCUGAGCUUGGCUGAUGUUGCAGCCCAGCUGAGCAAAUUAACACGGGCUGAGAUUUGCACCCCUAGCGUAAGAUGAGAAUAGUCCCACACUGCAUUUUUUUUUUUUUUUAUAUAUAAUUACAUUUCAUUUCUGGGCUCUUCCUUGGAAACCUUUUUUGCAGAGAGAAGCUUGUGAAGAAGAGUUGAGUUUUGCACAGCAUCUAAACCUGUUCAGUUCAAAGUUCUUGACUGACACUCUGUAAGGUAUUGUGGAUAAGUCUGUAUGAAAUGAUCAUGGUAAUUGCUGCAGCACCUGUAUAUAUGUCGCAAUUAAAUUCAUACCAUGGUGGUAAAAUACGCUUUUAA